CCCCACGCAUCCCUCCGGGCCUGCGUCCUCCACCCGCAUCCCCGCACCGGCCCUUACGUUGGCCUAGCUUUCGGGGUUUUCCCUUUCCCCGCGUCCCACCGCCGCACCAGGCCCUCCCGGGGCUUGAUCCUGCGCCUCCUCCCGUCCCUGGCCGCCUAGCCGGGACCCCGUCGAGCCCCCCCCCUCCCCGAGGCCAAUGGGCUGCGGGCCUUAAGGGCACACAGCCACCGCUUCCGCCCGGAAGCUGUUGCGCACUACUCAGCGGGGAACGGAGGUGGUCCCUGUUUGCCGGCCUCCCGGGAUGGCCCCCAAACUCCCAGACUCUGUGGAAGAGCUCCGCGCUGCCGGCAACCAGAGUUUCCGCAACGGCCAGUACGCCGAGGCCUCGGCGCUGUACGAGCGCGCGCUGCGACUGCUGCAGGCGCGAGGUUCUGCAGACCCCGAAGAAGAAAGUGUUCUGUACUCCAACCGUGCAGCAUGCUACCUGAAGGAUGGGAACUGCACAGACUGCAUCAAAGACUGCACUUCAGCGCUGGCCUUGGUUCCCUUCAGCAUCAAGCCCUUGCUGCGAAGAGCAUCUGCGUAUGAAGCCCUGGAAAAGUACACCCUGGCCUAUGUCGACUAUAAGACUGUGUUGCAGAUCGAUAACAGUGUAGCAUCAGCCCUGGAAGGCAUCAACAGAAUAACCAGAGCUCUCAUGGACUCACUUGGGCCUGAGUGGCGCCUGAAGCUGCCCCCUAUCCCUGUGGUGCCAGUUUCAGCCCAGAAGAGAUGGAAUUCCUUGCCUUCGGAAAACCAUACAGAGACACCUAAAAGCAAAUCCAAAGAAACUACAAAGAGCAGAGUGCCUACUGCUGGGGAUAUGGAGAGAGCCAAAGUUCUGAAGGAAGAAGGCAAUGAGCUUGUAAAGAAGGGCAACCAUAAGAAAGCUAUUGAGAAGUACAGUGAAAGCCUCUUGUUUAGUAGCCUGGAAUCUGCCACAUACAGCAACAGAGCCCUCUGCCAUCUGGUCCUGAAACAAUACAAAGAGGCAGUAAAGGACUGCACAGAAGCCCUCAAGCUGGAUGGGAAGAAUGUGAAGGCAUUUUACAGGCGAGCUCAAGCCUACAAGGCACUCAAGGACUAUAAAUCCAGCCUCUCGGAUAUUAGCAGCCUCCUACAGAUUGAACCCAGGAAUGGCCCUGCACAGAAGUUACGGCAGGAAGUUAACCAGAAUAUGAACUAAAACCCCAGAGGGCAACAGGAACCCUCCACCUGACCUUCCCAGAAAAGCUAGGGGCUUCCCCUGCAUCUGCCCCCAAUACCCAGCAUGCCCCAAGGGAGUGCAAAAGCAACCCCACUUUGACUCCUUGGAGAGGUAGCAGCCUUUCACCUGAGAAGCUUCGCUUGUUCAAAUUAAGUCCACUACAGACAAGCACAGGACCUUUUUUUUUUUUUUUUUUUUAAAGAACCUUCCCCCACUAGAGUGUGAAGCUACAGCCCUGGCCUCAUCCACUUGCUUCAGCCUGGCCCUUGUCAACAAAGUACUUGGCAGAAGUGCCGCAGACUGCGUGCCCUGUGGCUUUCCCAGAUGCCAUGCCUCUGCAGUUAAUCUGAGCUGGGAGAAUAGUGCUGACAGGCUAACGUGCUGGCUUACCUACACCCAAAGCAGCUUGUUGAGCUGGUUCUCCAAGGCUGCCAUCUCCCCAAGGGCACAGCUGCUAUCUGCAUCCUGUCCUUGGCACAGUGUCCUGUGUUGAGCCCCAGUGCCUUUAGUCCAGGCCCUUUGUGGGAAGGCAGAGCCUGACCCUUGGAGGCUCUGUGCUGUUGCCUUCUGUAUGGAGCUACCUACACUGUUCAAAGAGUCCAUAUUCCUCCUGGGAUGGGGAGAGAGGCCUCCUUGAGAUUAGUAUCCCUCCAGCCUGAGCAAGAACUUAUCUUUCCCCCCCAACAGCAGGCCCUCAGGCUUCUUUGUUUUUCUUUUGUUAAUUUGUUGAAGUUAGUUGAUCUGAUUUUAUUGAGCUGUGUGUUGCUGUUGCAUUAAAAGGUUUUCUUCUAUAUAA